GGGGCCAGCAACCGAAAACCCUGGACUUGGGCGGCGUCAGGGGUGUGGGCGAGCGAAAGCGUGUGAUCUACUCGGUGGUCCCUUCUAUGGUCCCUAUCGUGGUCCUCAGUGUGGUCUCUCGUCGGUCCUUUCGUGGUCCUUUCGUCCGGCCUCACUGGUCUCCUCUGUGAGUGUCUCCGAGUCUGCUGCUCUGCGCCGCUGACGGACGUCAAGAUGCUGCCGUGGACAUCUCGCUGCGUGGAGCUGCCGUUUCUGUCUCCGAGACCCUUCGACGCGCCCUGCGAGACACCCGAUCAGUCAGCUCUCUGUGUCCCUGGAGCCCUGCCGACUGUCUCUGAGGAGCCGCCUCCCCGGCCCGACUGUAGCCCCGAGGGCCUGUUGGACGACCUCACCACCAUCCACACGGCCAGUGGUGACGUCAUCACUCUGACGUCACUGUCCGGGCCGCUGAAAAGGAAACAGCGCCGAUACCGGACAACGUUCACCAGCCAGCAGCUGCACCAGUUGGAGCGGGCGUUUCAGGCCACCCACUACCCAGACGUGGUGCUGCGAGAGCAGAUAGCCGCCAGUGCUGACCUUACAGAGGCAAGAGUGCAGGUAUGGUUCCAGAACCGCCGCGCCAAAUGGAGAAAGGGCGAGAACGUCACCUACAAGCAGCUGACGGCCUCGUCGUCAGUCUGCGCCGCGGGCGCCAGCAGCGGACCUGGCCUGUCAACCCAGGUGGCGCCACCGGAGGACCAGCGACCUCCCACCUCGGCCCCACUGAUCAGCCUGAGUGACCUGACAAAGGACCUGAUGCUACCCCUCGAGCCGACGCCGCCAGUGCUGACACCUACCAUCACAAUCGGUGACGGUCUGCCGGCGCCGCUCUCCACCCUGUGUCCGGGGCUCGACUGGACCACCGCCGUGCCCUUCUCUGCUCCCGACGGCGCCGUGUUCUCCGAGCUGCUCACGGUAGCCAGCAGCCACCAAUCAGCGCUCGUUACGGCGGCGGACGGCCGACACCAGCUAGUUUACACGCAGACGGACGGAACAGAGCCGCAGUCUGUGUUUGUACACCCCGAACAGACCAGCACUGAACAGACACCAUACUUGAGUGCGGCAGUAGAUGGACAGACGGAGUAUGGUGACACUGACGAAGACGAAACCCUGCCGGUGAACAGCCCCGCUGAAGAGACGACUGAUGGCGGACAGGCAGUCUGUUCAGAGCCUGUGGUGGACAGUGGGCAGCAGCUGAUGUUCGCACAGUCAGCUGAUCAAAGAGAACACCAAACGGCGUUUACAACAGCCGCGGCUGAAGUCAUGAAUCAGCAGCUAUUCUUUGAAUCUCCAGAGAACAGUCAACAGCUAGCUUUUCCGGAAACAUGUUCAAAAGGCGACCAGGCGAUCUAUCAGGGAUCAUCCGUUGGUCUCCAGAAUGCACUGUUCACCGAAACACCCGAACACACACAAACAAUGCCAUACCACGAGUCCGUUGAAAGCAGCCAAACACCGGUAUAUUCCGAGCCGGCUGUGGGCGCAGAGCAGCCGGUUUUCCCUGGCUCGUGCCACAACUCCGACGAGCUGCAGUUUUCGGACGGCGAGUCGGAUCACGAUCCUCUGGAUGGGUGCACCUAUGGCGGUGAUAUGAACCUAUCUGGUGACUGAACUGGACGAAACUGUCCCCUAGCUAAUUGCUCUCACAGGCCUUAUGACUAGUUGUAAUCAGAGCCGGGAAUAGUCUUGUGAAGAUUGGCAGGAAACUAGUCCCUGAUGUCAACUGUCCGGCAUCGCAUUGAACUGCGACUGAAUCCCGAUCGAGCGGUUCUGAGUUUGAACUAAAUCGCCCGGGCUAAGCUGAAUGAGAACAGACUUAUAUGAACAACGAGUAGAUUUGAGCAAUCAAUGCGAACGCCACAGACGAAGCCAAUAAUUUCACACAGGGAAAAUACUGCUUCUGCUGAAAAUGCUAAGGUGAGUGGUGUUUGGUGUUAAGGGAGUAACACAAUUUGUGAGUGAAGGCCAUAUGUGUUGAGACCGUAUUGUUUCCGUUUUUAGUUGCUCUCGGUUAUGUUGCAAUUUUGCAAGUGAUAUAUUGCAAAAGAAGGCCACUUUAGUGGUUUUAGAGUGCCCUGUAAACCAUACCGCACUAGAUAGAGACGUGGCUAGUCACUGAGUCUUUCGUUGAUCGACUUUACGUAUGCAGUCAAGUGACAUGAAACUAGGUAUGUGUAUAUGGGUGCUUGUUUGUGUACCGAGAUAAGGAAGACCGUAAUUAUAGGCACUGACUUGUGAUUGUAAAGGCCUGGCUACACUAUGCGUUUUCUGCGUGCGUUUUUUGCGAGUUUGCGUGAUUUGCGGAAUAUCGUUCUAGAACGAAACGACAUUACGUUUUUGUUAUAUGUUUUU